CUUCCAUUUUGGGGCUAAGAUGGAGGAGCCGGCGGUCGCGGUUCGAGGCUCGUUUAGCGUACAUGCCAUUGGCCCGCGGCGGGUCUUUUCUCUCGCUGGCCCCUCCUGUCGUGUCAGCUGGGGAGCGCCUCCGCACUUCGCCUCUCUUGCCGCCCGUCCCGUCCUGCCCGUCCCGUCCUGACUCUCUUAGGCGCCGCUUUUAGAGAGAGGAGUGCAGCAACGUGGUGAGCACGGGGGCUUUUAAAAGGGCGGCGGACAGUGAUGCCCCGGAGGGGAAGGAUGGACGGGACCGACCCUGAUUGUUGAGACGUCAAAAACAAAACAAAAGAAAAAAAAAACACGUCAACAACUUGAAGACAAAUGGUCUGUAAAAGGAGCAACUGCCUCAAGUUCCUCUGCACCGAGUGGAGUUAAUUUUUCCUUUUCUGUUCAGCCUGUCGCAGAGUUUUGCUGUUUUUACAGGAAUUCCCUCCAGCCACAGAGAUGUUUCUCCUACUAGCUGCGUUAUUUUCUUUGAGAGGUCAGGUGAGCCCUGUUCAGGCUUGCCAGCUGCCUUCAGACUGGAGACCCCUCAGUGAAGGCUGCAGGGCAGAGUUGGCAGAAAUUAUAGUUUAUGCCAAAGUGCUGGCCCUCCAUCAAGAGGUGUACAAUGUCUACAACUACCUACCCUAUCAAUAUGAGGGCAACGAGAAAGGACUCUUCUAUUCUGCAGAAAUAGAACUGCUCUGCGACCAGGCCUGGGGAAGCAUGUUGGAGGUGCCUGCUGGGUCCAGAUUAAAUCUCACUGGUCUGGGCUAUUUCUCAUGCCAGUCACACACUGUGGUCCAGAAUUACUCUUACAUCUUCUUUCUUAGGAUGGAUGAGAACUAUAACAUACUCCCUCAUGGGGUGAACUUCCAAGAUGCGAUCUUUCCUGACACACCAGAAAACAGAAGAACUUUUUCCAGUCUGUUUCAGUUCUCCAAUUGUUCUCAAACACCGCUUCUUCAACCUUUCAGCACUGACUGGGAGAUCCAGGAAGACAGUCGGCUCCUGUGCUCCUCAGUGCAGAUGGCCCUCUUUGAGGAAGAAGAUCGUGUAAAGAAACUCCAGGAGAAAGUUGCCACCCUAGAGAAACGCAACAAGCAGUUAAGGGACCGAGUCAAGAAAGUCAAGAGGUCAUUGAGGCAGGCACGCAAGAACAGUCGUCGCAUGGAGCAGACCAAUAAAAAACUGCAUGAAAAGCUGGCUGCAGCCACUAUUGUGACUCACUCCCAUCUCAAUGCAAUCAAGCAAGAAAACUCUCCUACCAUCUUCCUCAAAGUGUAAAGCACGGAGCAACCAAGCACAGAGACUUUAGCCAUGUUGACAACUUCUGUGGUGAUUGCUGGGCAAUCAACCUCAUAUGCAGUAGAAAGCUUUAAGAAAUGUUAUCAUUGAAAAAGGAGUUGGCUUACAUUUUUUGUAUCUUCUUUUACUGUAUGUUUUAUAUCUGCAUUCAUAAUCAUUUUUUACUUACAAUCUGGCUACAAGUGCUUGUAACUAAUGAGUACUCUGCGUGUCGAUGUAUACUGUAUACACAAAAUGUAGAUAAUCUGAUUUUUACACAUCUGAAGGAGACUAAAUAUUGUUUGCUGCUAGAACUAUUUUUUAACCUAACUUUUUAUUGUUAAAGCUAAAUAAAAUGUAUAAUGCUUUUCA